AUGGCCACAGAACACAAGCCAAAGCCCCUGCCAUUCGCUGCCAACUUCGCCGCCGGAGCAAUCGCGGGGAUUUCUGAAAUUCUGACUUUCUACCCCCUCGGUAAGUUGGUCGUUUGUUGGACCUGGAUAGAGAGACUGACCUAUACAGAUGUUGUCAAAACACGAAUCCAGCUCGAUACAGGCAAGUCCCAGGGGCUUGUGGGCACGUUCAGGUCCAUUGUGAGGGAAGAAGGUGUUGGUCGUUUGUAUCGUGGCCUGGUUCCCCCGCUGCUUCUGGAAGCACCAAAGCGUGCUGUCAAAUUUGCUGCAAAUGACUUCUGGGGAAAAACAUAUCUCGAAGCGUUCGGUGAAGCCAAGAUGACCCAAAGCAUCUCCGUUCUAACAGGAGCCAGCGCCGGAGCAACCGAAAGCUUCGUCGUCGUACCAUUCGAACUCGUCAAGAUCAGGCUCCAGGACAAGACAAGUACCUACAAGGGACCAAUGGACGUCGUAAAACAGGUCAUCCGCAAGGAAGGCCUUCUUGGUUUGUACGCUGGAAUGGAAUCAACGUUCUGGAGACACGUGUACUGGAAUGGUGGAUACUUCGGUACCAUCUAUCAAAUCAAAGCACUCCUCCCUAAGCCCCAGAGCAAGGAGAGCGAACUCUUCAACAACUUCGUGUCCGGUGCUAUCGGUGGUUUCGCCGGAACAGUGCUGAACACACCAUUCGACGUUGUCAAAUCACGAAUCCAAGGAGCAGAACGUAUCCCAGGUGUCGCCCCCGCAUACAACUGGACAUACCCUGCAUUAGCCAAAAUCGCGCGCGAAGAAGGUGUCGCUGCGCUCUACAAGGGUUUCAUCCCCAAGGUUCUCCGGCUGGCACCGGGAGGAGGUGUGCUGCUGCUCGUUGUGGAGUUCACGCUGGGUAUCUUCCGACAAGCCCUCGGCCCUCCUUAUAUCUAA